CGCAGCCAAUCGUCGGCGCCCGCUGUCCGGGCGUAGUAAGAUGGCGUCGCCUGCGAGUUCACUUUAGGCGCCGGAGGCCCGAGAUAGGGUAGCGAGCGGGGGAGGUCAUCGACAUCCAUCGACAUCGCCACCCACCAAGCCCGACAUGGAGGAGUCGCUGGAGACGAUGCUGCGGGAGAAGCGCCAGGCUUCGACCGGCGCCGCACGACCCGACCUGGAGUCGCUGCGCGGCGCCGCCGAGACGGACAAGCAGUGGCGGGCGAGGCGCGAGUUCUUGUCGAGGCACGCGGACGCCUUCCCGGCAGAGGAGCUCGACCACCUCGUGUCCCUCUCGAUGGUCUGGGCAAACAACGUCUUCAUGGGAUGCAGGUACAGCGCGGAGCUGAUGGCGCGCGUUGGUGAGAUGGCGGCCGGCGUGCACGUGGAGGAUGCCCCCAUCUUCACCACCAGGGAUGAAAUCAUGGCCAAGCAGAAAAAAUGAAGAACUCAUGCGUCGAGUGAUCCACAAUCACCUCCUGCUAAGAUGUUGCUGUGCACGAUCAUUACACACGUGAACUUGAGCUCUGUGGAUUCAAGUUUCAACACGAGGUUGCAUAUAAAAUGGAGUGUUGUGUAUGCCUUUUGUAAUUAAAUGUACUUUUUGAUGUUUCAUUGCCCUAUUCUUUUUUUUGUCUAUUUAUAAGAUAACAUACAUUCCCAUUUUCGAAGUUGAAUGGCAAUAAAAAUGUUUUGCAUUUU